AUGGCUCCUCUGGGUAACAGUGGCUUUGGAAGACUGCAAAUUCCUCAAGUGUUGGUGGAAGUAUUUUACAGCGGGCAAGUAGACAGCAUUGACCGCAACCAUCCUUGGGCAAAGGGAGCCGUGCUCGUCCAAAGAACAACGCAGAAAGCACAUCCCCCGCCUCCUCAGAUGCCUCCACCCCCUGAGUUAAUCCUCGACCAAGCCUUCCUACUAGCCCGCAGUGAGCAAUUCGGAUUCACAUUUCAAUACUCGAGCUGCAUGUCAAGAAGACGAUCUUCAGUCGCUUGCAACGACUGCGUUUCUCAGGCGGUCAAAUUCUUCCUCGUUUCUGCGGAUGAAGAUUGUCGUCAGAGAGCGAAGAAGGCUAUUGCGGUGGCGGACUUGGCUGGCCAGAAGCGUCGGGAGCUGAGCAGGCUUCUUAGGACGAAUAUCACGGAAAAUAAUGGAACCUCGCUAUUGGAUUUUGGGUUUGGGAAGAGUUAA